UUCCGGUAGAAUUUAUGCUGACAUUUGAUUUUUUUUUGUUUCCAUUGUUUUAAAUAUGCGUUCAUUGUAUUGUAUUUGAUCUUCUGAAUCAUGUGUGUGUGUGUGUGGAUAUAAAAACUCGAAACAUCAAACUUUUUUCUGGUCAGAAUUUAUUUUUCAGUUUAAAAUCGAAAAAUACAUCGUAUUUCAAAAUUUUUCCAAUGAAAAUGAUAAAAACAACCAUGUUUAUCAAUUUGAUCGUCGUUUUGCAGGCAAUUUGUUUUGUACUGACACAAUCAUCGAUUAUUCCAUUGAAUGAUGAUCCAAACAGCAGCAGAGGCGGCGGAGUCGGCAACAACAACAACAAUAUUGUAACGAUGGAUAUGAAUCAAUCACGGCCAAAAAAAUCAAGUUUUUCCAGUAUCGGUUGUUUGGGUACAUAUGAUCGUGCAAAAUUUGCACGUUUAGAUCGUGUUUGUGAUGAAUGUUAUCAAUUGUAUCGUGAUCAAGAAUUACAUCGAUCAUGUAGAGAAUUUUGUUUCAAAAAUGAAGUAUUUCCUGCCUGUGUCGAUGCAUUGAUGUUGUCACACGAGGAAAAAGAAUUGAGCGAUAUUGUCAAUGAAAUGUUGGGCUAACUAAUCAAUCAUCUGAUUUCAAUUAUGGCUAAAAAACGAAUAAAUGAAGUCAAUUUCAAAACAAAAUUUAAAAGAAAAUAAAUUUUUAUUUAAUUUCUGCAUAAAA